AUGCUUACUAAAGUUUUAAGUGUUGUUGUUAUAAUCGCUGUUUUAUUAAAGAAAGUUGAUUUGAAAUCAUUAUCCUGGUGUGAUCCAAAAUUAUGUCCACUUGGUAUUCAACAUAUUGCCUGUAACAAUUCGGGGGCCUUUAACGAACGCUGCGAACCCGAUGCCAAAAUUAUAGACCUACGACCACAUCGCAAAUUUAUUCUCCAUGAACACAAUAAAAGACGUAACUUUAUAGCGUCGGGUAAGCUGCCUGGCUAUUAUCCAGCUGCCAAAAUGGCGUCACUGCAAUGGGAUGAUGAAUUGGCGUUUUUGGCCGAAAUGAAUGUGAGAACGUGUGUGGUUGAGCAUGAAGAAUGUAAGAAUUCCUAUCGUUUUCGUAAUAUCGGACAAAAUCUAGUGGGUAUUGAUAGGCCACGCCAUAUAAAAGCCAAUAUACAAGAGGUUAUACAAAGAGGUAUGUCGCUGUGGUUUGGGGAACACACCCUAAUCAAUAGUAAUUAUAUAAUGAAAUUCAAAGCUGACACAAACUUUGAACAAUACGGUCACUUUGCUGAGUUUGUCCUGGAUCGUAAUACCCAUGUCGGCUGUGCCAUGCUGCGCUAUACCCAUCCCGUGUAUACAUUUUUACACAUUUACAAUACGGCCUGUAAUUAUGCCAGUAUUUAUGCUUUAGAUGUGCCAGUAUAUAGAGUAGGAAAACCUGCCUCUAUGUGCACCACAGGAGAACAUCCUCAAUAUCCUGCUUUGUGUUCAAUAAAUGAACCGUUUAAUCCUAAUUAUGACUGAGAGUAUAUUAGACU